UUCUCAUCAUGAUAUCUUCAAUUAGCAACUUGAAAAUUGAACAUUUUAACAGAACUAAUAUUAUCUGAGAUAAGUCAAUAAGAAUACGCACCAACAACUUGUUAUAUUAGAAUACAUAUUUUUAGAUUAUUUAUUGUCUUGUUGGUAAUAACUUGUUCGUGAUCCAUAGUUUGGAGACCCCUUACCUACAGUAUAGAUUAUACUUAUUCAAUAACCUAGUUUUUUUAUUCUAACAAAUAAAUAAUUUUGUUUUAAGACUUCAGUUUUUAAAACUGCAAACUGACCUAUUGGAAGAAUUUAGACAAAAUAUAAUUGAUGGUGACAUUGAAUCCAAUGAACAUUUGUCAGAAAUGUUGUGUACAUUGCAUUAUAUAUCAUACACUCUUUAUAAUUGGGGAACAAAUAUGCACUUUUUAUCUUUAUUGAACUAUAAAUGUGAAUUAGAAAACGAAGUGAGAAGUAGGAGUGAAAGUGAAUUUACAGAAGUAUUAGAAACUGCUGACACAGUAUUUGACGAUUCAAUAAGAUUAUACAAUUUGGGAAUAGAUAAUUUACUCAACUGUUUAACAGAAAAUAUUAUGACUAAAGUUAAAUACAUUUCAAAACAAUAUAAACGUGAUAGAUGGCAUAUAAUGGAUUCCUUAAUUGAUGAAAAUAAGUACAGUAUUACAGACAGUGGUUGGGUGAUGUAUGAAACAUUUACCGAAAAUUUGAAUACAUUAAAUAAAAGUUUACCUACUUCUUUGUUUAAUAAAUGUUGGCCAAUAUUAGCUACUAAGAUGUCAACGUUUCUUUUCAAUGAAGUUUUGUUAGCCAAUAUGUUCAACAGAGGUGGUGCCCAACAUUUUCUAUGUGAUGUACGAUAUAAACUUCUACCCAUUUUCUCAAAAUAUACAGCUAAACCUAGUAUUUAUAUUGAACGGUUAUUAGAAGCUUGCAGAGUUCUAAAUUUUGAACCUAAUUUUAAACCAGUUAUAUUAAAACGGAAUGAAGUAUCAGAAAUAUUACUGCGUCGUAUUGAACACGGAAAUGCGCUUGAAUUGGGAUAAUUUAAAUUAAGUUUGUUUAAUGAUAUUAUGAUCAAUAUGAAUUUGCUGAAUAUAUAUUAGCUGUUAUGUUUGUUUUAAAAAUAAAUAUAUUUGUAUUAUGUUAAUUGAUUAGAAUUUAUAUUUUACUCCUUCAAACAAUGUAAACCGAUGUAAUGUGACAAUACUUUUUCAGAAAAUAUAUUGAUGUACAUUUGUA